GUCUACUUGUUGAGCACAGGAGACUGACAAGUUGGAAAAAAAUACACCCAGCAGCCCCUCGUGCUCAUCUGCAGGACGACACAAGCAGUAUAAUUUCUCGUGUUAAAUCUUUGCAGCAUUUUCCUCAAUGUACGCUUCAGCUUCUAAAGCAAGAUGAAUGUCCGAUUCCUGAUGUUGUAUCGAAUGAACAAUUGUCAUCCUGACGAAGUACUAGCCUAGUUCUACUCAAUUCUAUCACGAACAAGAAUGAUGAAAAAUGUUGAUCAACCGACUAGAAUACAACAUGUGAAGAGAGGAAAGCACACUGAGGGACACAGAACUUCUACUGACAAGAAUUAUGUUUUUUUAUGACUCAACACGUCGAACCUUUUUAACCUGUCGAACCUUUGUAAUUUUGUUUCCUCAAUAGACGUGCUCCACCGGUCUUACAAUAUACUAUUGUCGAUCCUGUUAAUGUUACCCUCCCCUUUCUACUCAUUGCAACAGUGUAUAGAAAUUGUGAAGAAGAUCAUAGGCUAGCCAAAGAGCUUUCUGAUUCCAUCGUUUCUCUCCUGCUACCUUCCCUUAUAUUAAUGAUUAACCUUUCUCUCCUGUCCUCAGCUUCACUCUUUCAAACUUACUACCUACCACGACACGUCGCCUCCACAGCUUCACUCUUUCAAACUUAGUACCUACCACGACACGUCGUCGUGGAGGUCAACAUCUAGAAGAGAGGACAAUAAUGUCGUUUUGUUUUUUCUGCUGGGAUCCUAGCCGCACAGCGGACGACUUGGCUCAUAAAGGCGAAGAUCGCGAAUUGGACGAACAGGAUGCCAAGAUCCUCUACUACUCGCCUUCUUACGCAGCUCAGGAGGAGAUCCGGAUGCAGGUGGCUAUGGUUCAGGGGAUAAAGGACUUCACAAAACAAUUCGACAUAGAGGAGGAUUUGGCAGCAGCGUUUGGAGGUGCUGGUGGAUCAGGCAUUUUUAGUACUACAGCAGGUCCAGCAGGGGAUCAUCUACUUCCUGGAGGAGGUGGCAGUUGUGCCUCCAGUAGUGCGUUAAACGAGCAAAUAGGAGGUAGUAGAUCGUCGACAUCUUCUUCUCUCAAGAAAAAUACAGGUCUCAAGAGUAUAAAAACGAAAGAACAUUGCAUGUGUUUUGAGGAGGUGGAGCCAGAUAUUUUCUUCGCUCUCAGCGUUAGGCAUCCUGUGCAGACGAAGGUACUUAAUUACCUAGUCGAUGUGAUGGACGCUGAUUUACUUUUCUUGACGUACCUUGAUACAAUAAUUAUAGAAAUUAUACUACUUAUCGACGUGGUGCUGGUGAUGUUGAUUCCUUGGCGACUGAGAUCUGAUGUUAUCACCAUUUCAUUAAAUAAGUACACCAACCAUGACCCCAUCAACCACAGGCCGACGGAACCGACGAGUACCUCGAAACUGUUACUCAAGAGUCGACACUCAGUGCAGUGUUGAAGAACUUGUAUCAAGUGUUUAGGCUUUUGCAUGGUCCUGUGCGAAGCUAUGUGUCUUCUAGUGGACGUAAAGCUGGGUCUUCAACAGCCUCAACAAGUGCUGGUAUUAAGCAGAACAUCAAGGGCAAAACAAAAGCAAAUUCGCAGAACAACAAGAACAAGGACGUCAAUCUCCUCCGUGACUUAUUUGAAGACCUGUUACCAGCAUUUUUGGAAACCGUGUCGUGCCACCUCCUCGAUUCGCACCACGGGAAUGGGAUUUUUUACCACCUAGACGGCUUCCAAUAUGGACCGGUAGAGCGGAACACUUACCUCACGAUCUCCAGCUACAUCGCCAAACUAAAAGAGAAUGUGCCUUUCAGCAAAGCCGCUCUGUUCUACAAGGCGCACUUGAUUCAUAGUGGCAUCGCCAGAUCGGAUAUGAAGGUGCUGUAUAGUUACCUUGUGAACCUGUUUGACGGCAGCGUUUCCAAUGCGAAAUUGAACCGACCACCUUAUGCGCGUAUCCCCACAGCGGCUGCGGGUCAUCAUACACACUCAUCCCCCUUUGGGAGGUCGCAUUUAGUCGCAGGGGAAGACGCCACAGGAACAAGUACAAGUGCAGGACUGCUUGGAGGUGGCGUAUCAGCGUCAGCCAGUACAGGUACAAGUGGUGCUCGUGGCAGAAACUUGUUUGGUUCUUCUGGAGGUGGUAGAGGAGGUGCCUCCGCUUCUGGAGGGCCUAGUGGCUCUUUUUUACUUGGUGCUGAUACGACUUCCUCAACGAAUGCCGGGUCAUCCUCGUUAGGCGGUGGAGGAGGUGCCUCUUCCGCCUCUAGUAAGAACAAUGCCUCUAGUAGCAAUGCUGGUCUCUUCGUUCCGCGUAUUUUCCUCGAGGAUGGCAGUGAAGGCCAACUUGUAGCGCUUUGUUAUCGGGGAUUAUUGCAGGUGUUAAUUUUCGACGCAAACACAGUCAACGUGGACGCUCGGUUGUUGGAGUCUGUGCGGUAUUUCUCAACCGCAGAAGCGGUCAUGGAGAACUUGAGUACGCUGAUCGAUAUCAUCGAUAAACAAUUUUCUCUCGUGAUGUCUCCAGAAGAUGAUUAUAAAUUUCUCUACUUCAACCACGGAAACCAAGCCCUACGGGUCAGCAGCCAUUAUAACGCGGUCCACAAAGCAAAUCAAAGUGGUGCGGCGGGGAGUGCCUCAGCUAUGGCUGUUAUGAGAUGGAGGAUGAACCUUUUUUCAUUUUUCGUUCAUGCCGGAAAGAAGCUAAAUAAAGUAGUACAACAGCCGGCUAGUUUUCACCUCGACACUAUUAGACUUAUCCCGUGCAACAAGCUAAAUAAAGUAGUAGUACAACGAACAUGAUACAACUUGUCGCCAUACUCAUACAUUCGUAGAUCAUAAUUCUUCUCCAUCGUCAUCCUCUAAUAUACCCAGUGCUGCCGCGAAAUUGAACAUGAAGGGCCAGGGCACUCGGGCAAGGCCAGGCGAAGAUCCGGGCAUGUACCCGCGAGGAAAUGCGAGUAAAGAGCAGCCUCAGGCAGUAGGAACAAGAGUCUACAACCUAGUUUCUGGCGCCGUCGCAAGCGUUAUAUCCUCAGGGUCGGAGCAACCAGUGAGUGGUGGACAGGAAAAUGAGGAUAUGGGUACUAUGCGCCGCAAAACUAAAGCAUCAGGAUAUUAAAGAUUGAUGAAAAUAUAAAUCCUGUUAUAAGUACCUGACUCUGUCUGAAAAACCAUAUAAUAAAUUAGAACUUCUUGAAUAUAUCUCCAAUCAGAUCUCACCUCUUGAAUCCAAAAUCAAAAUCACCGCCACCUCACCACCACCCCCAACAAAGCUCAACGUCACAGAUUCCAACCUUCGCGGUCCUCGUGUCACGUUGUCCCAGUUGUCGAACCAGUCCACAGCUGAGUACCUUGCCAGAGGCGAAAAAGAACUCUUCCUGACGCAGAAUCUUCACGAAACCAUCGGACAGGAAAGUGAGUCCGGCUACCGAGAAGUCUGCCUCAAGGAAGCCGGACGUGGAUGGAUUUGCGCAAAGAGGUCCUUGGAGAGGGAGUUCUUCCUGAUGCUGUCGGAUCCAAAUAUGAUGCUCAGCAAAUGUCAGGAGGAAAACGCGAGGUUCUCCAACAUCCAUUUUCAGAACAUCUACAUGAUGUAA